GCUGAACGAGCUAGUCGUUCUUGAUCUCCAUUAAGGAUGUAGCAGCUUUAAAAACAGAUUUAACAGGAUUUUUGUAAAGAGUUAAAGUUAAAUCUGAAUAUUUACACUGAAUGUAUGAAAACCUCCUAAUCUUCAGUACACCGUUAAUAUGUCAGUUAGUGCUGAUUUCGUGAUCAAUAGGAACUUCCUUGAUACAAAAUUUGAAGGAUACAAAUUAAAUACAGAUUCUCUUCCAAUUUGUACAAAAAGUAUCCUGGAUGGAAUUGACAUUGUUUAUCCAAGUGAUGAUCAGUAUUCCUUCAUUCAGCAAAGAGAAUACAGUAUUCAUGAUCAUAUUCAUAGUGACCCAUGGGAUUCUUUGUCAGUCUACUAUGUAGAUUCAGAGUGGAAAAUUAAAUGUCUUACUGUGCCCUCUGAGGAAUCCGUUGAUGUUGAAGGGCCAUUUGAAGUUUGGGAAAUACCCAAGACAAAACAGAGAACACUAGGACGGUCAAAUGUAACAAUUUGUUUUGCCUCAGAGGAUUUAGUUGUCAUCAGUGAUGGGGCAGGAACUCUUUUCAUUCUUUCCAGUGGCAGUAGGCACCAAGGGAGAUCGAAGUGGAAAUCCUUGCAUUUUGAAGAAAUAGAGAGUCCUGGCCGCAUUGUUGAUGCCAAAUCACCUAAACAAGGAGAAAUACAUCUGCUGUAUAUUCAUGUUGACUCAAAGCAGACAUAUCUUAGUCACUUAUAUCUAACAUCAAAUGAAGGAGAGCAAUGGAAACUUCAGAGACGACGAGCGGUAUAUGGCAAAAGCACUUUAGAUUAUGCAGCUUUAUCAUCAGACUGCUCAGUGAUGUAUAUUGUCAGCCAGGAGGAGCUAAAGUCGCAGGAAGUUAUUGAUGAGGAAAAGAAACCAGUUAUAGAAAACGUUAAAUCAUUUGAAUGGCAACAAAAUUAUGAAGAAGUUAAACUAUGGUUGGAUCUUCAUUGCAAUAAGCAGCCUACUAUCAAGGUGUCAGCAUCUGAGUUGGUUGUUACUGUUUCGGAGAAGACAUUAUUAAAAGGACAGCUUUAUCGACCAAUUGAGGAAGGUCUUACUGUUUGGACUGCAACUAAUAGCAAAUUAGAAAUAGUGAUGUCUAAAAGAGAUGAAGGAACUAUGUGGCCAAAAAUAUUUGAAGUAAGUGAUUGGCAUGGAAAAGAAAUAAGUGAUCCUAAUCUUGUUGCUGAGAUUCAUUCGAAAUUGGCUCAUUUGACUUCAGAAACUGAGGAUGUAGGUGGUGCGACUGUUUUGAAUUCUGGACAGCUCGAAGAAUGUGACAUCAACGAUGGUGAUAGAAGAGCUUUCUUUGCCUAUGAUCUCUCUUCAGCAAAUAUUAUUUCUAUUCAUAAGGUAGAACUUGGAAGUGGACAGUGGCUAAUGCAUGGGCCUAAGUCAUUAAACAGACCACCUCGAUUUUGCAUACGCUCAGAUGUUGAUGGUAUUGUUUGUGAAGUAACAAAAGAACAUAAGCUGUCUCAUACUGCUACAAUCUGUGCUUUCGGAUUCAUUCAGGCCUCUAAAGCUUCAAGAAUAUUUUCUUUUUUUCCGGCAGAUAUGAGUUAUGCUGGAGUAGUGGAUGCGGGAGGACGGAUAUUCCUUUACAAAGGAGGUCUACGGCCAGGCCUGAAAACAAGUUGGGGGAUCCAGUAUGUGCUUAGUCUUCCUAACGAGAAAAGAGUUCUUGGCGUCCAUGCUACUUCCCAUCACAUCUUCCUACUUUCCAACCAACAACUACAUGUGGUAGGACUGCCAUUGAGUUAGUUUGUGUUGUAAUAAUUAACUUUUAUUUGAAAUUUCGUUCUGCAGUUUGUUUUAAAUAAUUUUUAUUUACUAAUAAGUUUUUAAAACUUUAAAAUAAAAAAAAGUGUUUAGCAUCAAAUGCAAUGACUGCUGGUUUGUUCACCAAUCCAUGUAUUUAAA